AUGGACUUUCAUCCAUUUACCAAGUCUGCAAACUUUGUUGAUUUACUUAACAGUCAACAAAGUGUUUCUUCAACGCAAGUUCCCUUCUUAGCUACUGAAGGCAUCGAAGAUUUACACUUUGCUGAAGCCAGUCGUAAUAAAGAAAGAAUAACCUGGACGCCUACAGACGAUGUUGUUCUCAUCAGCUCGUGGUUAAACACGAGCAAAGAUGCAAUAAUAGGUAAUGAGCAAAGGUCGCUUGCAUUCUGGACAAGAAUUACUGCGUACUACAAUGCUAGUCCUAAGGUUGCUGGCUGUGAAAAGAGAGAGGCAUCUCACUGCAAGAAUCGUUGGCAGAAGAUCAAUGACAUCGUUUGCAAGUUCUGCGGUGCAUAUGAAGCAGCUACCAGACAGAAAACGAAAUUGCGUAAUGACCAGAAGUGGUGCGCCUUGUAUACUGCUAAAAAAGAUGGAAGCUCCAAGAAGAGGAUGUGUGAGGAUGAUUCUGAGAUGAUGGAGCAUUCUGCUACUGAUGAUGGAGGAACAAAGCGUCCUCAAGGUGUUAAG